CACAGAAACCGUGAGAGAGAGAGAAGAGAAAUAGAAAGAGAAGGAGAAAGACAUCGAUUUCGAGCCACCGACACUUACAUACGUACGUCCAAAAAAAACCCAACAAUUCUCUCUGUUUCACUGUAUUGAAAAUACGGAAGUACCCCUCUCCCCCCUCCACGGUCUAGCUCCACCGACACUCCGGUGGGGCACCACCUUCGCCCCACCACCACCACCACGACUGCUGCCUUUGGCUUCCAUAAUCAAAAUCUGGGGCCUACCCAAAAACCCUUAUUUUGAGAAUUAGCUUUGGGGGUUAAUUUAGAUCACAGUGAUAUUUUAGAUCCAAAUUAUAUAUUGAUCUCCUCUGUCUCUGUCCCUAUCUCGUCCCUUCUGUGUUUAUGUGUUGAAAUUUCAACUCCCACUUUUAGAUUCUCUCUCCGUCUCUCUCUCUCUCACUCUCUCUCUCUCUCUCUCUAAAACCAAAAGUUUUUUUUCUUUUUAUUGCUCUAUAUAAUUUGGCAGCAACCUGUGUCACAGAUCGAAAGCACCAAGUUUUCUUUGCAGACAGCCAAUUUGUUAGAGGACUGGGUCUCUCUCUCAAGAAAAGAAUCAUUCAUUACACACAAACAAAACAUUUUUCUUUUUUCAUUUUUUCAUUUUUUUCUUAUUUUAAUUUCGCCCUUUUUUAUAUUCACUCGUUCUUUAUUUCUCUCUCUCUCUCUCUCUCCUCUACCUAUCUGUCUGUAAAGCUGUGUUUUUUAUUCAUUGUGUAAUGUGGGGUUGGUGUUUCUUGUAAUGCCUUUGAGAGUGUGUACUAAAUUAAGCAACCUAGAAAGAGAGAGAGACACACACAAGAAGGAGAAGAGGAAGAGGGAGGUCAAGUGGUGUUCUUUGGUGGUUUCUGAGUGAUGAGAAAGACAGAGAAAGUGGUUUUGUGAAGUGGGUCUCUUUUGAGUUUCAAGGCUCAGUCUGUGUGUUCUGAGUGCUAUGGAUACCAAAGGAAGACUUAUUGCAGGUUCUCACAACAGGAAUGAGUUUGUUCUCAUCAAUGCUGAUGAGGUUUCAAGAGUAACAUCUGUCAAAGAACUGAGUGGGCAGAUUUGCCAGAUCUGUGGGGAUGAGAUAGAGAUAACAGUGGAUGGGGAGCCAUUUGUUGCUUGCAAUGAAUGUGCAUUUCCUGUUUGCAGAUCUUGCUAUGAGUAUGAAAGAAGAGAGGGCAAUCAAGCCUGCCCUCAGUGCAAAACCAGAUACAAGCGCCUCAAAGGGAGUCCAAGAGUUGAAGGUGAUGAAGAAGAGGAUGAUAUUGAUGAUUUGGAGAAUGAGUUUGAUAUUUCAAGCAAUGAUAGGAGAGAUCCUCACCACAUUGCCGAGGCAGUUCUGGCUGCUCGCCUUAAUAUCGGACGGGGAUCCCACGUCCACGGUUCAGGGAUUAGCACACCAGCAGAAUUUGACUCUGCCUCCAUUGCUUCCGAGAUCCCUUUGCUGACCUAUGGCCAAGAGGAUGUUGGGAUUGCCUCUGAUAAGCACGCUCUUAUUAUUCCCCCAUUUAUGAGUCGAGGAAAGCGGGUUCAUCCAAUGCCGACUACUGAUUCCUCUAUGUCCUUUCCACCCAGGCCAAUGGAUCCUAAGAAAGACUUAGCUGUAUAUGGUUAUGGAACUGUUGCAUGGAAGGAGCGAAUGGAGGACUGGAAGAAGAAGCAAAAUGAAAAACUUCAGGUGGUGAAGCACCAAGGAGGAAAUGAUGGUGGAAACAAUAAUGGAAAUGAGCCGGAUGAUCCCGAUUUACCCAAGAUGGAUGAAGGCAGGCAGCCGCUUUCGAGGAAGUUACCCAUUCCUUCGAGCAAGAUAAAUCCAUACAGAAUGAUAAUCUUACUCCGUCUUGCAAUUCUUGGCCUCUUUUUCCACUAUAGAAUUCUCCAUCCAGUUAACAACGCAUAUGGAUUGUGGUUAACAUCUAUAAUAUGUGAAAUUUGGUUUGGCAUGUCGUGGAUAUUGGAUCAGUUUCCUAAGUGGUAUCCGAUUGAGAGAGAAACAUACCUUGAUAGAUUAUCACUCAGGUAUGAGAAAGAAGGGAAGCCAUCUGAGUUGGCCGAUCUAGACGUAUUUGUUAGUACUGUUGAUCCUCUUAAGGAACCUCCACUUAUCACAGCAAACACAGUUCUGUCCAUCCUCUCUGUAGAUUAUCCAGUUGACAAAGUUGCAUGCUAUGUCUCUGAUGAUGGUGCUGCAAUGCUCACUUUUGAAGCCCUCUCAGAGACAUCUGAGUUUGCAAGAAAGUGGGUUCCAUUCUGCAAGAAGUACAGUAUUGAACCCCGGGCCCCAGAGUGGUACUUUGCACAAAAAGUUGACUAUUUGAGAGACAAAGUAGAUCCGACAUUUGUCAGGGAACGUCGAGCCAUUAAGAGAGAGUAUGAAGAGUUCAAAGUUAGGAUAAAUGGGUUGGUCGCCACAGCACAGAAAGUUCCCGAGGAGGGUUGGACAAUGCAGGACGGGACUCCAUGGCCUGGGAACAAUGUCAGGGAUCAUCCUGGAAUGAUUCAGGUUUUCCUUGGGCAAAAUGGUGUUCGUGAUGUGGAAGGAAAUGAAUUACCACGUCUGGUUUAUGUGUCCCGUGAGAAGAGACCAGGUUUUGAUCAUCACAAAAAAGCUGGAGCUAUGAAUUCUUUGGUACGGGUGUCGGCAAUCAUCUCAAAUGCUCCAUACAUACUGAAUGUUGAUUGUGAUCACUAUAUAAACAACAGCAAAGCACUUCGUGAAGCAAUGUGCUUCAUGAUGGACCCCACAUCAGGAAAGAAAAUCUGUUACGUACAAUUUCCUCAACGAUUUGAUGGGAUUGAUCGUCACGAUAGAUACUCAAAUCGCAAUGUUGUAUUCUUUGAUAUCAAUAUGAAAGGUUUAGAUGGUAUCCAAGGACCCAUAUAUGUUGGAACUGGUUGUGUCUUCCGAAGGCAGGCACUGUAUGGAUAUGAUGCUCCUACCAAGAAGAAACCACCAGGGAAGACUUGUAAUUGUUUGCCAAAAUGGUGCUGCUGGUGUUGUGGAUCUAGAAAGAAGAACAAAAAAGCAAAGUCAAAUGAUAAAAAGAAAAAGAACAAGGAUGCUUCAAAGCAGAUACAUGCACUAGAAAACAUUCAGGAGGGAAUUGAAGGAAUAGACAAUGAAAAGUCAUCCCUAAUACCUCAAAUAAAAUUUGAGAAAAAAUUUGGACAGUCGCCAGUUUUCAUCGCUUCUACACUCAUGGAAGACGGUGGAGUUCCAAAGGGAACAAGUUCGGCAUCGCUCUUGAAAGAAGCCAUCCAUGUCAUUAGUUGUGGCUAUGAAGAUAAAACAGAAUGGGGAAAGGAGGUUGGGUGGAUAUAUGGCUCUGUUACAGAGGAUAUCCUAACAGGCUUCAAGAUGCAUUGCCAUGGCUGGCGAUCUGUGUAUUGCAUGCCCAAAAGGCCUGCAUUCAAGGGUUCAGCUCCUAUAAACCUAUCUGAUCGGCUUCACCAGGUGCUUCGGUGGGCGUUGGGAUCUGUUGAAAUAUUAUUGAGCAGGCACUGUCCAAUUUGGUAUGGAUAUGGGUGUGGUUUGAAAUGGUUGGAGCGCUUUUCUUAUAUAAACUCAGUUGUCUAUCCUUUGACAUCUAUCCCCUUGCUUGCCUACUGUUCCUUGCCGGCUGUCUGUCUCCUUACUGGGAAAUUCAUUGUCCCUGAGAUUAGCAACUAUGCCAGUAUCCUUUUCAUGGCUCUCUUUUUAUCCAUCGCUGCAACUAGCAUACUUGAGAUGCAGUGGGGACAUGUUGGCAUACACGACUGGUGGAGGAAUGAACAGUUCUGGGUUAUUGGUGGUGCGUCAUCACACUUUUUCGCACUCAUCCAGGGUCUGCUCAAGGUUUUGGGCGGAGUUAACACAAACUUCACUGUCACAUCUAAAGCAGCGGAUGAUGGAGAGUUUUCUGAUCUAUACCUCUUUAAGUGGACGUCACUUUUGAUCCCUCCCAUGACCUUAUUGAUCAUAAACAUUAUUGGAGUUGUCGUUGGGAUUUCUGAUGCCAUCAACAAUGGUUACGACUCAUGGGGUCCUCUCUUUGGUAGGUUGUUCUUUGCCAUAUGGGUCAUUGUCCAUCUUUACCCAUUCCUAAAGGGUUUGGUGGGAAGACAGGAGAGACUCCCCACAAUCAUUGUGGUCUGGUCAAUUCUUCUCGCAUCGAUCUUCUCUCUAUUAUGGGUCCGAAUCAACCCAUUUGUAUCAAAAGGUGGUAUCGUAUUAGAAGUUUGCGGGCUGGAUUGUGACUAAGGUCCACUUGUACAGAAGGUUUAGAUGGUGUGAGUUCUAUAAAGUAGCUGUUUGGGCAAACAAAAAGAGAUCGAGUUCAAAUGCGCCAUGUUGUUCAAUCGAAGGUAAAAUUGUUUCGAACAGUCCUAUUUAUAAGGAUAAAUCUUGUGGUAAAAGAUGAGAUGGGAAGAAAGAGCAAUCCUGGGAGGUUGCAUGUAGAUACAAAGGGACUGGAUCUGACACAUUGAUUGUUUUGCAAAGUGUUCAUUAAUUCUUUAAUACAUGGAUUUUGUGGGUUGGAAGGGGAUUUGUAUUCAGGUCUGUCUGUAAUCCCAUGAGAAGAUAAAGUUAGUUUGAUUCAUAAUUUAUGUUCCCUUCUCAAUAAGGGGGUUGG